GCCGUGCUGGAGUACCUGACGGCCGAGAUCCUGGAGCUGGCGGGCAACGCGGCCCGCGACAACAAGAAGACGCGCAUCAUCCCCCGCCACCUGCAGCUGGCCAUCCGCAACGACGAGGAGCUCAACAAGCUGCUGGGCAAGGUGACUAUCGCGCAGGGCGGUGUGCUGCCCAACAUCCAGGCCGUGCUGCUGCCCAAGAAGACCGACAGCCACAAAGCCAAGAGCAAGUAA